AUGGCCUUUUUUGAAUAUGUGCCGUGGUACAUACCGAUAAUUGCAAUCAUAGUCUACCUUGGCUCGACCGCCGUGUAUAAUGUUUACUUUCAUCCACUGGCCCGGUUCCCAGGGCCCAAAUCAAGAGCGAUAUCCGAAUGGCCCUAUUUCCGCGCCAUGAUCAAUGGGUCUGAUCCAAAACGUGUACUGGAGAUGCAUAACAAGUAUGGACCUGUUGUGCGAGUGUCGCCAAACGAGCUGGCCUUUGUGCGCCCGGCAGCCUUCAAAGAUAUUUACGGCUACAAGAGGGGCGGGAAACCGGAGCUCUCCAAAGACAAAAAGUACUUCUCUGGUAUGGGUGAGCCCUCGCUGGUGAAAAGCCCCGAUCCAGCUUAUCAUGCCCACCUUCGGAAAAUGCUGGCCCCUGGGUUCUCGGACGCUGCGCUUCGCAAGCAGGAAGCAGUGAUUCAAGAAUAUCUUACCAUUUUCAUGAAGAAACUCGAGGAGGAGAGCCAGACUGGGGACGGUUGUGUUGACGUUGUCCUAGGGUGCAAGUUCUUCGUCUUCGACGUCAUCGGGUAUCUAACAUAUGGAGAGUCGUUCGAUUGCCUCAGUUCCAACAAGCUCCACACAUGGGUAAGAUUGCUCGGGAAACUGGGUACGUUUCUCGUCUACAACCAGGCGUCGGAACGCCUGCCCAGUAUCUUCAAGUAUCCUUUCUUGCUGGUGAAGAUGCCGAGGGAUUUGAUAUCCAAUAUCAACACAGUGGAAAGCAUUAGCCAAACCAAAGUUGACUACCGAAAGACACAUGAAUCCACUAUCCCGGAUUUCAUGGGGAAACUGAUUGAAGAACACAAGGCAGGAAGGUUGAGUAACAAGCAAUUGAGCUCGAAUGCUUCGUUCCUGAUAGAUGCCGGAAGUGAAACGCUGGUGACUUUCUUCUCACAUUGCGUGAACAGUCUCCUGACGCACCCGCGUGUACUGGCUAAGCUUACGAGUGAGAUUCGGGGAAUGUUUGCCAACGCCGACGACAUCACCAUGGUCAACGUGAAUCGAUACAAGUACUUGCGGGCAGUGAUUGAUGAGAGCAUGCGCGUCAAGCCGCCAGCUCCAGCCGUCCAUCCACGUUACACACCUCCCGGUGGUGCCGAGAUCGAUGGCUUCGACGUCCCCGGAGACGUGGUAGUUGGUGUUACCAUAUAUGCAGCUUGUAACAGCCCACUCAACUUUCAUAAUCCGUUGGACUUCGUGCCGGAACGAUGGACUGGUGAAGAUCCAAAAUACCAAAAGGAUGCGAGGGAUGCUGCACAGUACUUCUCAGUUGGCCCACGAGACUGUCUUGGCCGCAAUUUGGCGUAUGUCGAGAUGAAAACUAGUCAUGGCCAAGCUGCUGUGGCAUUUUGA